UGUGUGUCUGAGGGAGAGAGAGAGCGAGAGUGAGUGAGUGUGAGUGCUGGGUAGGGUGGUGGCCGUUACGUUCGGGGCAACGGCUACGGCAGUGGAGAAGUAAGAAGAGAAACAACGUCCGGCGCUUCCGCCUUCGCUUAGGAGGAGGAGGAGCUGGUAGGGAAAGGAAAGUGAUUCGUCCUGGGCCUGGACUAGACAGAGUCGGGCCGGUGGGUGUCUGGGCUAUGAGCCUUUGAGGGUCGCUUGGGACGCGGAGCGAGACACGAGAGCCGAGAGGUAUGUCUCAGCCGCCGCCGCCGCCUCCGCUGCCGCCGCCACCUCCUCCCCCUGAGGCUCCGCAGACUCCGCCGUCCCUGGCGGCGGCGGCGGCGGCGGCUCCUCCGGGGGGGCUCUCGAAACGGAGAGACCGGAGAAUCCUCUCUGGGAGCUGCCCGGAUCCGAAGUGCCAGGCGCGUCUGUUCUUCCCGGCCUCCGGUUCUGUCAGCAUCGAGUGUACCGAGUGCGGACAGCGGCACGAGCAGCAACAGCUGCUGGGGGUGGAGGAGGUGACCGACCCGGACGUAGUGCUACACAACCUGCUGCGGAACGCGCUGCUUGGGGUGACAGGGGCACCCAAGAAGAACACGGAACUGGUAAAGGUGAUGGGCCUUUCUAACUACCACUGCAAAUUGUUGUCGCCCAUAUUAGCUCGCUAUGGAAUGGAUAAACAGACAGGCAGGGCUAAGCUUCUCCGGGACAUGAACCAGGGCGAACUGUUCGAUUGCGCUUUGCUAGGUGACCGCGCCUUCCUCAUCGAACCAGAGCAUGUUAACACAGUGGGCUAUGGCAAGGACCGCUCCGGAAGCCUCCUGUAUUUGCAUGACACACUUGAGGACAUCAAGCGGGCCAAUAAAAGCCAGGAAUGCCUCAUUCCAGUUCAUGUGGACGGGGAUGGACACUGCUUGGUGCAUGCUGUGUCCCGUGCUCUAGUAGGCCGGGAGCUCUUCUGGCAUGCCUUGAGAGAGAAUCUUAAACAGCACUUUCAGCAGCACCUGGCCCAAUAUCAAGCCCUGUUCCAUGACUUCAUUGAUGCCGCUGAAUGGGAGGAUAUUAUCAAUGAGUGUGACCCUCUGUUUGUACCACCUGAGGGUGUUCCCUUGGGCCUGAGGAACAUCCACAUAUUUGGCCUUGCCAAUGUAUUACAUCGCCCUAUUAUUCUGCUAGAUUCUCUCAGUGGCAUGAGAAGCUCUGGUGAUUAUUCAGCCACCUUUCUGCCUGGGCUCAUCCCUGCAGAGAAGUGCACAGGGAGAGAUGGUCAUUUGAACAAACCAAUCUGUAUUGCAUGGAGUAGCUCUGGUAGGAACCAUUAUAUCCCCUUGGUAGGCAUAAAAGGGGCUGCUUUGCCCAAAUUGCCUAUGAAUUUGUUGCCUAAAGCAUGGGGUGUGCCUCAGGACCUUAUUAAAAAGUACAUUAAACUUGAGGAGGAUGGUGGUUGUGUUAUUGGAGGAGACAGAAGUUUGCAGGAUAAAUACUUACUUAGGCUUGUGGCUGCUAUGGAAGAAGUCUUUAUGGACAAACACGGUAUCCAUCCUAGUUUGGUUGCUGAUGUCCAUCAGUAUUUCUACAGGAGGACUGGGGUGAUAGGAGUUCAGCCUGAAGAAGUUACAGCAGCUGCUAAAAAAGCAGUAAUGGAUAAUCGCCUUCACAAAUGUUUGCUCUGUGGUGCCCUUUCUGAACUUCAUGUUCCUCCAGAGUGGUUGGCUCCAGGAGGGAAACUGUAUAACCUGGCAAAAAGUACUCAUGGACAGCUGAGGCCUGACAAAAAUUAUAGCUUUCCCUUGAACAAUUUAGUUUGCUCAUAUGAUUCAGUGAAAGAUGUUCUGGUACCAGACUAUGGAUUGAGUAACCUGACAGCCUGUAAUUGGUGCCAUGGCACAUCUGUGCGAAGGGUCAGAGGAGAUGGGUCUAUUGUGUAUUUGGAUGGGGACAGAACUAAUUCUAGGUCCACUGGUGGCAAAUGUGGUUGUGGAUUCAAACAUUUUUGGGAUGGUAAAGAGUAUGACAAUCUACCAGAAGCUUUUCCUAUUACUUUGGAAUGGGGUGGAAGAGUGGUCAGAGAAACAGUAUAUUGGUUCCAGUAUGAAAGUGAUUCAUCUUUGAAUAGUAAUGUUUAUGAUGUUGCAAUGAAACUUGUUACCAAGCACUUUCCAGGUGAAUUUGGGAGUGAAAUCCUAGUUCAGAAAGUUGUCCAUACUAUACUGCAUCAGACUGCCAAAAAGAAUCCCGAUGAUUAUACUCCUGUAAAUAUAGAUGGUGCUCACGCCCAAAGAGUUGGAGAUGUACAAGGACAAGAGUCAGAGUCUCAGCUCCCAACUAAAAUUAUUCUUACUGGACAGAAAACAAAAACUUUGCACAAGGAGGAGUUAAACAUGAGUAAAACUGAAAGAACUAUUCAACAGAAUAUUACGGAACAGGCUGCUGUAAUGCAGAAACGGAAAACAGAGAAGUUAAAACAAGAACAAAAAGGGCAACCCAGGACUGUUUCUCCUAGUACCAUUCGUGAUGGUCCGUCCUCUGCACCUGCUACCCCUACCAAGGCUCCAUAUUCACCAACAACUUCAAAGGAAAAGAAGAUCCGAAUAACAACUAAUGAUGGACGACAGUCCAUGGUUACACUUAAAUCUUCAACAACCUUUUUUGAACUUCAAGAAAGCAUAGCCAGAGAAUUUAACAUUCCUCCAUAUUUACAGUGUAUUCGAUAUGGCUUUCCUCCUAAAGAGUUAAUGCCACCCCAGGCAGGAAUGGAAAAGGAGCCGGUUCCUUUACAGCAUGGUGACAGAAUUACAAUAGAGAUUCUAAAAAGUAAAGCGGAAGGUGGUCAGUCUGCUGCAGCACACUCUGCCCACACUGUGAAACAAGAAGAGAUUGCUGUUACUGGUAAACUAUCCAAGGAACUUCAGGAGCAAGCUGACAAAGAAAUGUACUCCUUGUGUCUUUUAGCAACAUUAAUGGGAGAAGAUGUAUGGUCUUAUGCAAAGGGGCUUCCUCACAUGUUCCAGCAGGGUGGAGUGUUCUACAAUAUUAUGAAGAAAACCAUGGGUAUGGCUGAUGGCAAGCAUUGUACUUUUCCACAUCUGCCUGGCAAAACCUUUGUCUAUAAUGCUUCUGAAGAUAGACUGGAGUUGUGUGUGGAUGCUGCAGGACAUUUCCCCAUCGGUCCUGAUGUUGAAGAUUUAGUUAAAGAGGCUGUAAGUCAGGUUCGAGCAGAGGCUACUACAAGAAGUAGAGAAUCCAGUCCCUCACAUGGGCUAUUAAAACUAGGUAGUGGUGGAGUAGUGAAAAAGAAAUCUGAGCAGCUUCAUAACGUAACUGCCUUUCAGGGAAAAGGGCAUUCUCUAGGAACUGCAUCCAGUAACCCACACCUUGAUUCAAGAGCUAGGGAAGCCCCAGUUGUACGGAAGCAUAACACAGGGACAGACUUUAGUACUAGUUCCAUUAAAAUAGAGCCUUCUGUAUUCACAGCUGCUCCUAGUAAUAGUGAGCUUAUUCGAAUAGCUCCUGGAGUAGUUACAAUGAGAGACAGCAGGCAGCUUGAUCCUGAUUUGGUUGAGGCCCAGCGAAAAAAAUUGCAGGAAAUGGUUUCUUCUAUCCAGGCUUCAAUGGACAAGCACUUGCGGGAUCAAAGUACAGAGCAGCCACCAUCUGAUCUUCCUCAAAGGAAAGCAGAAGUUGUGAGUUCUUCUGUGAAGUCUGGGAGUCUUCAGACUGGCUUACCUGAAUCUUUUUCCUUAACUGGUGGCACUGAAAAUUUGAAUAUAGAAACAACUGAUAGCUGUGUGGCAGAGGCACUGGGAGCAGCAUUUGCCACAAGGUCAAAAGCACAAAAGGGAAAUUCAGUGGAGGAGCCUGAAGAGAUGGAUAGCCAAGAUGCUGAAAUGACAAACACAACUGAGCCAAUGGAUCACUCUUGAUUUAUUUAGAGGCUAAUAAUAAAGGCAGAAUGUUUAUUGUGAAUAUGUAACAUUUGUUGGCUGGGCCACAUAACUCAAUUAGUCAUAAAAAAUCUUGUACGUAUAUAAUUCAAAGAUUAUAUCUUGUUAUUCAGUGCAUGACAGCAAGUGUGUGAUUGGCAAUAGCUUUUAAUAUACUGCUGCCCAGGCUGGCUCUGAAUUCCUAUAAAUUAGUUAUUAGAUCUGCUGAGAUGAGUUUCUUCCAUACAUGUGGUUCAUUGGAAGUUUUUGUAACUUUAAUUCCAUGGAAGUCUUAAUGUUUCAAACAUGAAAAUUCUCUUGCUAAUGUUUGAUUUCUGAAAAGGAUAGAACUAGGGGGAAAUGAGAUUUUGCUAAUGUUGAUGUCAUCAAGAUAACCAUUCCACAUAUUUAUUAGAGUGUCAAAAGAUUUAUGUAAAUUUGAAGGUUAUCUGAACUAAAUUGUAUCUUAAAAUUCAUAGAAAGAUUUAUUAGAUACUGGGAUCCUGACAUUUCCAUGAGCAUAAACACAUUCAUAGAGAUACGUAUUCUUGAUGAAAAAUACCUUGAGAAUAGAGUGUAAUGAUAUAACAUUUUGCUGAUUUAAGCAAGGCUAGGGGGAAAAUAUCUAUUCUAGAAUGAUAAAGUCAAUGUGAUUCAGUAAUGUUGCUGUCUGAGCCAACACAGCCAAUUGUGUGCUCUGUUGUUGAUAAUAUGUUACCAUUAUUUUUUUAAUCCUGGCCUGGUCAAGUACCACUGAAUUUUUUUCUUUAAUCUUGCAGAAAAGUUGAUUUCAAAGUGUGGUAGAAAAUAUGAAAAUAAUGGUAGCAGUAGUUAAUCUCUAAUUUUCAGAGUUUGUCAGAUUCACAGAGAAUUUAUAUAUAAGAAUUUAUCUUUAUGAAUGAGUUACAUUGUUCUACAAUUUUGAUCAAUGGUAUUUAAGCUUGUAUAUGCUAAAUGUCUUUGAGCCCCUUUGAACCAAAAAUGUUUCCUUUUUUCCCUUAGCAUCCAUAAAAUUUUCUUUAUUUGUUGGCUUCACUUGGAUUUGGAUGCAAAUUUUACUGCAUCAUACCCUGAUCAACUGGGCAUUUGCUUAAAUAGUGUAUUCAUCAAAUCUUUAGUGCCAGUUUCCUCAAGAAGCAGCUUUCAUGCUUAUUAUACCUUAAAGACAAAGAAUGUUUAUCCUGAGAUUGGUAUUGCACUAUUUUAUCCUAUUCUGCAAAGCUGUAUUCUGAAAUGUACAUUUCAAUCCAUCUUUUUCCUUUGUUCACUGAAAUUAAGUUGAAUUUGAAUGGAUGAAAGACAAAAUGUAUGUUAAUACAAUCUCUUAUCUAGAGCAUUCAAAGCCUGGCUGUCUCUGUUUGCACAUGUAACAGAUACAGAACUGUGUUUUCAGUCUAAGAAAAUGUUCAUCAGAAAGUAAUAUUAUCAGGUGUUUCAAAAUUUCAACCUGUUGAUUUAUUAAGGAAUAUAUAUACAGUACUUUGACUUGUGUUUCCAAAGAAGGGAGGUUUUAGAUUUCUUUCUAUGAAAGUAUUUCUGACUUAAUCCACUUACUAAAUGAACUACUCCAUUUUGAAUCAGGAAAGAAUGGAGAAUCUAGACAUUUUGCAAGUGAUAUCUGAGCAAGAUAUAUAUUUGGGUUUUAUCACAUCACAUUUUAAACCAUAUUUUAUCUCUUUUCUUCUAAAUUUAGUUUCAAUUAUCUUAAUACCUAGCAGGAAAAUUUAGGACUUUUAUAUUGUGCACUCGUUUUGCAUAAAGAACUGCAGCUACCAAAUAAUUAUUUAGUUAGUAUAGGUGGCUUCUGGGUAUAAAACUAGAAAUUAGAACUAUCACUAACCACUAUAAUUAUUUUUGGGCUCUUUCACCCACUGAAACUGGCUUUUUCUUAUUAGUUUAAAUACAGGAAAACUGUUUAGCAAGCAGAUGCACUGCUUCCAGGUAAAUGAUAUAAUCACCUUUUCUUUAACAAAUAUUUUCUUCACCUGUGGCUUGGCAUGUUUAGUUAAUAACUGAGAAAUACACUCUCACAGCAUAAAGUAAAAGUGUCAGGAAUAAAUUUUAUCUUCCUAUUAUAUUAAAUAUUUGCAUUUAGUCAAAUUAGAAUGCACCUGUGAACAUUAGAAGAAGGGCUUUAAACUCUGAUAACACUAUUAAUUUCUCUUGCCACAGCAAUGCUAUUUAGAAGCCAGUUAGGUAUGAAUAUUAUAAUAGUUUGGGUUCUCCCUUGAUAAAGAAUAAAAGGCUUGAUUUUGAGAGUGGUCAGAUUUUCUGAAAUUAUUUUAAAUUUGUUGAAAUUUGGGUGGAGUAACUAGCAGGUUUUGAGAAGUGGGCCAGGUAUCAUCUUCACAAGUUUUAGAAAGAAUUUAAGUGCUUAAUUUUCAUCCUUUGUCCUUCCAUAUGGUUAU